UCCAGCACCGCUCCAGCCAUAUUGGGCUGGGGGGAUACAGCAGCUCCAAUGUUUUAUGUCACCUGCACAUAACCCGGGCGUUCGAAAAACCCCAACCACCACCACCACCACCCACACCAACACCAGAGUCCUCUGCACACACUAAAACUCCUCCACAAUGAGCCCGGAAGCCUGGCUCCCGCAGCCCACCUUGUUCCUCACUGGCCUCAGCUUGCUCCUCUCGCUGGAGCCUGGCCCCUUUCCUGCCCUGCUUGCAGACGGAGCGGAUUAGCCAGCGGAGCAGCCCUGACAUGCAUCCAGCUUGGCCACAGGGCUGGACUCGGGAGCACCUCAGCAAGAAGGUUUGAGAGCAAAGAGCAGCAGCCAAAGGGGAGAGCGCCCACAGGACUGGGCAUGGAGGUCAUGGCUCCUGCCACCAUCAACGCCUUGAAUGGCUCCUCUGUGAAGCUCUCCUGCACCUUCAACUCCUGCUACAAGGUGGAGAACAAACAGUUCUCCCUCAACUGGACUUACCAGGAAUGCUGGAACUGCUCUGAGGAGCUGUUCCUGCAGUUCCGGACGAAGAUCAUGAACAAGCAGCUGGAUCGCUUCGGGAACCGCGUGGAGUUCACCGGGAACCCCACCAAGUACGACGUCUCCUUCACCCUCAAGAACGUGCAGCUGGAGGAUGAGGGCACCUACAACUGCUACGUCCUCAACCCCCCCGACCGGCAGCGGGGCCACGCCAGCAUCAGCCUCAAAGUGCUCACCAAAGAGCCCCCGAAGCACGACUCGACGGUGGCUGUCAUCGUGGGGGCCUCUGUAGGAGGUUUCCUGGCCGUGGUGAUCCUGGUGCUGAUGGUGGUGAAGUGUGUGCGGCGGAAAAAGCAGCAGAGGCUGAACACGGACGACCAGAAGACAGAGGAGGAAGGGAAGACAGAUGGUGAAGGCAACCCGGACGAGGGCACCAAGUAACGCCCCCCGCUGGCUGCUCCUCCCUCUUCACCCCUGUACAGCGUGACCCCCCCCCCCCUCGAUGUGCUUCCCAGAGCAAGGAUUUCUGUCUCCCCAAAGCAUUCCUCCUUCCAUCCAAGUACCCAACCCACCUGGAGCAGGGCGCGGAGAGAAGGUGGCCCCCGGAGCCUGGCCGCAGCAGGCAGGGCUGGGUGGGAGGGCGGUGGGUGGAUGAAGCGUAUCGAGGCUGCCCCUUGAGGCUGAAAUGAGACCAGUUUUGUCCCGGUCGUGCCAGGCAGCCCUGCGCCCAGGUGUCCACACCCUGUUCCUGCUAGAGAAGGAGAGCAGAGGCCAGCGGCCAGCAGCCCUCAGGGCUGUGUCCCACCGCCGAGGUGCUCCUGCUGUGCCCAGAGCAUGGGUGCUGAUGUACCUCGUUCCCAUGGAAUCCCCAAUAGCUGCCCUGUCUCCUCCUUGCCAAUCCUGUGUGCCAGUGCUGAGGGUGCUGUGACAAGAAGCUCAUGUUCCUCAGGGACUGUCCCAGCCAGCUCAGCAGCCACCAGCCAGGCCAUGGCUACCAGCCCACAUGUGCUGCCCGUGGGCUUGGCUGGGCACCGCAGCUGCUGGGGGCUCCUGGGCUGUGAUGGAUGUACCCUUCUGCCUCGGGCUGGUUUUGGGCCUGAGCACCUCAGCCAAAGGUGCUGGGCUGACUUUUUCUGUGCUCAUUUCCCUCUCGGGGAAGGCAAUGGGGAAUGGGAAAUGUUCUGCUGUGCCAAUGCCAGGCAGUGGGGAGCAGCAGAGGGCAGCUGCUAGGGGUGAAGAGCUGCUGGGAGGAAGAGGAGGUCUUGGGCACUAUCUGAGAAGAACUGGGCACAACUGAGGCUCCAGAGGCAGCUUUGUCACCUCUGCCAGGCCUGCCUCCUCCAGCCUCCCUGCAGAGCACUGCUCAGUCUGUAACUGCCAUGCAACGCACUGCCAACCUGCCCAGCCACCCCAGCCCUUGCCAUGCCCCAGCACCUGCCCUGCUGUGGCAACUCCCCCAGCUCCUGGUGAGCAGUGGCCUGGGCAGCUUAUGGGGUGCAGGUGUUGAGCAGUGACCCCAGCUGGUGCCACCACGCUGCAGUGAAGUGGGAUGCAGCGAGCCCCAGAGCUGGCAGUUGGUGGUCCUACCUGUGCUAGGCUCGCUGCCUGCCCUGGUGCAAGCCCUUUUGCCUCCUGUGCCAGACCUGGCAGCUGAACUGUGCUGGCUGGAGCAUGCCAGGGGCUCACUCUGGGGCCUCUUGCCUGUCAGACAGGGCAAAUGACCCAGGGAAGUCUCCCCUGUCACACUGUGCCUGGGCUUUGUUCCCCCCACAGCAGGUGGGUUGUGGGGCAGCACAUGGAGCCCCAGGGCACACCACCUAGGGGCUGGUGGUGGAGGUCUCCUGCCACCCCAAGCAGCACUGCCAGGGGAGAAGGGAGACCUUCCCCUCACCAGUGCCAGGGGUGGUGCCAUCAGGCCCCAGGGAUGGAGGGACAGCCGUGCACUCCCCGCUCUGCCCCACCACCUCCCGCCCGGCCCUGCGUGCCCUCUGCACCCCGCUCGACCUCGCUGGGCUCUGCGCUGCCCCCCCGCCCGCCCGCAGCAGGAAUGUGCCAUGUCUGCCAGGCACUGCCCCUUCUCCCGCAGGCUCUGCUGCCCGGAGAGGGCUGGGCAGAGGCUGCCUGCCCCUUGCACACCCCCUCACCCCACGGAUGGCUUUCCCCAGUCAGUGCCAACGGGGAGCUCUGCUCCCCGGGACCGUCUGCUGCUCCAAGCUGGGCCCUGUGCAGCUCCACAGGGGCUGGGCUGGCACCUCUGUGGCCAGAGGCCUCUGGCUGCUGCCUGUGCCCAGCCAUGCAACUGCCUUUCAUUUCUUUCAUGCACUGUCCUUGGAUUGCAACUUGCCAAUGCAUCUGUACAGAGCUGUACACAGCAGAGCCUACAAAUACAGAACUAUCCACAGGAGGCUGCUCGGGUCUGACUCUGGCUUCGGGCUGCGCCCCCUGGGCACUUUGCUUUGCCCAACACUCCCCCCAGGGCAGGAUGUUUGUAUUGCUCUUUGGACAGUUAAACGAAACAACAACGAAA